CUCCUUGCAAGCAAACGUGUGAUCGCUAUGCAAAAACAGAUGACAUUUCGUGGAGGGAAUAUCGCAGGGCCCUGGGGAAACUGUAUGAAGAAGAAACCGUGCGGACCCGGACCAGCUGGCACCCUCUGGCACGCACCCUCGGCACGCACACGGACACACACCCGGAGGUCACGCGCCGCGUGCAAUAGCAGCGCUGGCUCAACGCCUUGUACGCGACAGUUGAAGGACCUGCGUGCUUAAGCCUUAAGGCCCUAAUCCUUGGUGUCGCGCGCUGGCAGCAUCGCGAUUAACCGCAGCGGCCAAGUGUGGCGCUGUUCCAUCAAAUGUGAUUUAGGUAGCAAAUGUGUACAUGUCUGUAGAAUUGACAGUCUAGGUAGUACUGUGGGCAGCUAGUCGGGCUGUUGCCUCAAGCUGCAGGUGGCAUUCGCGUUUUGUGGCGGAGUGCAUAUUUCUCGUAAGCUCGCACCUUAGGUUAGCUUGCUGAAACACCUCAUAUAGAGAGCUUGCUUUACACGCAUGAUCCGGGAACACAUUUGCUGAAAGACUCGCAUUCCGAGCCCCGGAAGGGGCCGGUGGGCUAGCUCGUAUGUAUUCAAAGUUUGGCCCCAAGGGGCGAGCGGGAUGGCAGCGGCUCGUGAGCACGCGAGCAGCGCGCCUGCUGCUCAUCAGCAUGGGCAGCCUGGCGCUGCUUACCUACGUCUGGGUCGUCUUCGUGCUGCACCCCGCGCGCGUUGCGGACGCGGCAGUAACACAAGGCGGGGCUGACAGCGGUGGUGCCCGCAUCGGCCGACUGCGGCUCAACACCGGGGGGGCGACCGGGCACGACCUCAGCGUGAGCGGGCAGGCGGCCAGCCAGUCCAGCCGCAGUCUAGGCGCCACCGGCGCGCAGGCCUCUAGCAGCGGCAGCAGCAGCAGUGGUGCUAGCAGUGGCAGUAGCUCUGGCGCUGCAACGGGGGGGCUGGGCCACCUGAACGUCGGUUACGGCCGGGGCCUGGGCGCGGGGCUACAGCACCGAGGCGUCGGCAGCGCCGGGGGCGGGGUCGGCAGCAGCGCCUCUUCCGGCGCCGUGCUCACCACCUCCAACCAGCACUUGCUCUUCCAGACGCCCAGCCACCCGACCAAGCCGCAGAAGACCGCAGCGGCCAAGGCGUCGUCGCCGCCGCCGCCUCCACCCGACGAGGACGACGUGCCUGAGGGCCCGCACCCCAUGCGGCAUUACCCCUACCAGGAUGCCAAGUACCGCAUCUGGAGCCUGCCGAAGGAGGACGUGAGCCCGCGCUGCAGGGCGUCGGGCAUCUGCGACGGCAAGUACGAUUGCGGCGCGGACGGGAUGGGUUGCAUCACGGACGCGCUCAAGCGCAAGAUGAAGGUCCGCGAUGCCGCGGCCUGGACCUGGAAGGGCUACAGGCAGUACGCGUGGGGCCAUGACGAGCUGAACGCGGGCAGCCGCAACAGUCGCGAGUGGUUCAACAUGGGCCUCACCAUUGUGGACAGCCUGGACACGCUGCAGAUCCUGGGUCUGCUGGAGGAGUACGCGGAGGCACGCUACUGGGUGGUCAACCACCUGGACCUCAACCAGGGCGACGUGUCGGUGUUUGAGACCACCAUCCGCAUUCUGGGCGGCCUGGCGGCGGCCUUCUACCACAGCGGCGGCGACGAGGCCUUCCUCAUGAAGGCCGUGGAGUUUGCAGACAGGCUGAUGCCGGCCUUCAACACCAGUAGCGGCCUGCCUCAGCCGCACUUCAGCGUGCACGACAAGAAUGUCGCCACCUACCGCGGCUCGGCCGGCAGCAGCUGCCUGGCGGAGAUCGGCACGCUGUCCAUGGAGUUCACUGCCGUCAGCAGGCUGUCGGGCCGGCCCGAGUUCCGCGACACGGCCAUGAAGACGUGGCCCAUCAUCAAGUCCAUGCCCUCCAUGGACGGCCUGUAUUGCACCAUGCUCAACGCCGACCUGCUGUCCUGCAACGGCAACCACUACACCUUCGGCGCCUCCGCCGACUCCACCUACGAGUACAUGCUCAAGCAAUGGGUGCUCACCAACGGCACAGACGAGAUGUGUCUGGACAUGUACAAGAAGGCCAUAGGCGGCAUGCGGCGCCACAUGCUGACGGAGCUGUGGAUGGGGCCGGACAUUGGCGAGGUGUGGAUCGCGGCGGAGAACGACGCCGGCGCCUCGCGCAACCUGGUGCUGGAGCACCUCACCUGCUUCCUGCCCGGGACCAUGGCGCUGGGCCACAUGUACGGCGUGAACACGGGCGGCGCGGGCGAGGACGACGACCUAAUGGUGGCCAUCAAGCUCAUGAAGGCCUGCUACGAGCUGUACCACCAGACCCCCAGCGGCGUGGCCUGGGACUCGGUCCACUUGGUGCCCCGCUACUCGCCGCCGCCCUCGCCCAACCCGCCGCCGCCGCGGCCGCCCUCGCCGCCGCCCGCGUCCUCGCCCCCGCCGCCGCCGCCGCGCCCGUCCGUCGACGAAGUCGGCGGCGCCGGCGUUGGAGCCGGCGCGGGUGCCACCUACCGCGCUGGCAGCGGCGUCACGCGGACGCAGCGGCGGCUGUUGGAGGCUACUGCGCAGGAGGGGCAGGCGCGCAAGGGCGAUGCCUACUGGGAUCGCGACGGCGACGAUGGCGAUGACGAGGAUGAGCCCGUGGAGGUCACCUCUACGCGCGAGGCCGGCGUCAUUGACAGCGACGACGGGGACGACGGCGCGGACGGCGUGGAUGGCCUCGGCUACGUGGUCCUGGACGCCGAGGUGCGGAAGCAGCAGCAGCAGCAGCAGCAGCAGCAGCAGCAGCAGCAGCAGCAGAAGCCGCACGCAGAGGAGCGGAGGCACCUCAUGGCCGAGGCGUCCGGCGGUGCUGGGGAUGGUGCGAAGCCGCCAGGCUGGGGCAAGGUCAAGUACGAGUUCGCGCCGCGCUCUCGUGAGAACUUCCUGCGGCCCGAGGUGGCUGAGUCGCUCUUCUACCUGUGGCGUGCUACCGGGGACCCCAUUUACCGCGAGGGGGGAUGGAACAUGUUCCCUGCGUAUGAACGCUGGUGCCGUGUGGACUCUGGCGGCUACCAGGGUGCCGCCAUCACCACCACCACCACCGCCACCACCACCACCACCACUACCACCACCGUGAUCAACAACGUGGAGUCAGUGCCGCCCGGCCCCGGCAACAAGAUGGAGUCGUUUUGGAUAGCGGAGACGCUCAAGUACUUCUACCUGCUCUUCAGUGACGACCCCAACGAGAUCCCGCUGGAUGAGUUCGUGUUUAACACGGAGGCGCACCCGCUGGCCAUCUGGGGCUCGGCUACCGACCGGAAGCUGCGCAAGAUCCUGGAGCGGUACCACGGCGCGCCGCCGCCGCCCUCACCGCCGCCGCCUUCCCCGCCGCCGCCGCCACCGGUUACGCCUGUGGCAGGCGAUGCGACCGGCGGCGCCGGCGGCGCGGCGUUGGGCUCGGGCCAGCAGCAGGCGCUGGACCACGUGACGCAGGUGGUGCACCGGGCGCGACAGCUGCUGGCGCAGCAGGAGGCGGCAGAGCGGGCGCAGCAGCUGCGGAGCGGCGGUGCCGGCGCUGAUGUGGCGGCGGAGUCGCUCAUGGAUGCGCUGACGGCGGCGCGCCGGCGUGCGGCGGGGCACCGGCUGAGCAGCGCCACGCUGGCCGGCGGCGGGGAUGCGUCCUCGGAGCGCCGGCGGAGAUGAGAUGCACGGCGGAUCGUGCCUGUGGUGUAGGGCUAGAAUGUUUUGUUUGUGUAGACAGGUGACCGGUGCUACUAGGCUUCGUCGAGGCGUGCGGUAGGAACGAGGCCGGGUGUGUGAGCCGCGCGGUGCCGAAACGUAUAACUGGCGUCGUCAUAGAAAUUGGAAUUGUCUCUAAGCUAACGAUGGACUUGAUGAUGCAUUGGCCGCUGAUCAAUGCAUUGUUGGAGCUGCGUGCGCGCAGACCUUAUUCAGCGGCUGCGAAGCUGUAUGCGUAUGUGGAGGCGUUUCGUGGAGAUAAAUGUUAAGCGGGCGCGUGUCCAGAGAUGAGGAUGUAGGUGAGCAGGUGCACAAGAGCAUGUGCGUGGCAGACAGCCAGAGCACAACAAUGUCGGAUUGCAAUGGAUCAGGGCUGAUGAGGGCAUACUGACUAGGCCAAGUAACUUGAUGCCCGGCAGUAUGUUACAGCAACACACGCAUGCCGCACGCCCUGGAGUGACGCCUGAAGCCCUGGCGUAGAGGCCUGGACCGGGAUGGAGUUAGUGGCCUACCUGGCCCUACUGUCCAGAGCCUCGUGUGUGGCUGGUUCAUGAAUUGCCACUGAAGCUCGCGUAAGCUGUCUGCGCCUCUGAGCUCCCCAGGGCAUGAGCACCCAUCAGCCACUUACACAGCUGCGAAGAGCCUAGAAGAGCCUUGAGCAUUGUGCGUGACACCUUGCCCAUACGGCCGACCCGACCGCCACCAUGAUGUCGAAGCGCCGCCGGUUGAGGUCAGGGAGGCCUUGAGGGCCGUCGCGGAGCCUGUGAAGUAGGUCUGAAUUG